AUGAUCUUCACUGGUGGUGAACUAUUUGACAAAAUUACAAGUAGAGGGAGAUUAAAGGAAGAUGAAGCAAGAAAAUAUUUUCAGCAACUGAUUAAUGCAGUUGAUUACUGCCGUAGUAGGGGUGUAUUUCACCGAGACUUGAAGCCUGAAAAUCUGCUGCUUGAUGCCAGUGGAGGUCUUAAAGUAUCAGAUUUUGGAUUAAGUGCACUGCCUCAGCAAGUUCGAGAAGAUGGAUUGCUUCACACAACAUGCGGGACACCAAAUUAUGUUGCUCCAGAGGUGGUUAACAGCAAAGGUUACGACGGAGCAAAAGCGGAUCUCUGGUCUUGUGGUGUGAUCCUUUUUGUCCUUAUGGCAGGUUAUUUGCCAUUUGAAGAAGCCAACAUCAUGGAAUUAUAUAAAAAGGUGACUUCUGAGUCAAUGGAUGCCAUACUAUGUACGUUGUUAGUUUACUUCACCAGGAAAUUAUCAAAUUGCUGGCAAUAAAGAAAUGAUAGCCAAGAAACCAUCAGGUUCUUGAGGGUUAA